GUGAGGAAUACAUGCCAAGCCAAUGAAUUGACUCCUGAUAGUACUUCUGGUUCUUGAUAGUUUUCUCGUAAAACCUAUCCCGAAUGUCGGGUUGUUCCGUUCGGGACUCUCAUCAUCAAAUCGGAUGCUGCACGGAAGCGAAGCUCCCCCCUUUCGAUGAUCCCUCGGGUUGACUGUCGGUUUACUACUUCUUGUUCACUGUGCAUAGGAGGGGAUGGAGUAAAUCACACCGGCAGGAGUGAAGCAUGGAGCCCACGGACGAAAAAACGAGCAAAGCGGUCGACGUCUACCGCGACACAUGGGUCCGCUUCCUAGGUUAUGCCAAUGAGGUCGGGGAAGCCUUCCGCCCCCUGGUCCCAGUGAGCUUGGUGUGGAGCAGUUACGCAGUGGCUACUGCUUACGUCACCGCUGAUGCCGUGGACAAAGGGAAGAAAGCUGCUGUGGGGCACGGGGAUGAGCCAGGGCAGACGACGCGGGUGGCAGCGGCGGUGGUGGACACGUUCGUUUGGCAGGCCCUGGCCUCCAUCAUCAUCCCCGGUUUUACCAUCAACCGCGUGUGCGCCGCCACGCUGCACCUGCUGGGCCGCACCACUAAAUUGCCCCUGCCUGUGCGCAAGUGGACCACUACGGCGAUCGGCCUCUCAACCAUCCCUUUCAUCAUCACCCCUAUUGAUAGGUCUGUUGACUAUCUGCUGGAUUCUAGCCUUCGGAAAGUCUAUGGUCAUGGUGAGAAGCAGGAAUAACGAGGGACGAGGAAACAAAGAUUGCAUGGAGCCAUACAGAAAAGGGAUUUUGUUGUAAAUCUGAACUUUGUACUGUACAUUACACUAUGCAGGCGUGUUGCUGUACAAAUAUAACUAUUAAGUCAACAUUCUAUUAUUACACGGCAGGGAUGCACUUUGCUGUAAGCAUGCAUAAAGCGAGGUACAACACAUACAGAUUUUUGAGUAAUUUGUGCAUUUUCCUUUACUGCUACAAGUCAGAAAAAGCUUUUUUUUUUUUUUUAAAGUAUUUUUGAAAUAUCAGUAUCCGCUGCUGUGAGUUUUGGUAAGAGUUCUUGGGUUAAUCCUUCUGACUUUUUCAUAUCUGAAAGAUUACCCUUCAUUACUGCCUUAUGCUAUGGGUAUGUUACUUUUCUCUGUAUGUCGUCUGUGUGUGCCGCCUUUUCCAGGUCAAUUAUGGUACAAUUACAAACAAUCACGUGCAAGUAAACCACAUAUUGAACAGUAAGAACAUUGUUUUUUCUUUUGUGCUUUUAAAAUAAAUACUCGUCAUGUAUCACAUUUUAGAAAUCUGUAUGAUUGUACCUCGCCUUAAGCCAUACCAUACAUUGUGGUUCUGCUAUGAUCAAAUGUGCCACAAUAGUUGACUACCUUGUUUCUCAGAAUUUAGAUCAGCUGGAAAAAAUGCGGAAAGUACUUACGCAAAAGCAGAAAAAAUGUAAAUGUACUUGGUUAUUCAAGUCCAAAAGUAAAAAUAUAUAAUAUAAUACAGCACAUACUGUAUAAAUAUAUAUAUAUAUAGCAGUGGUACUUUUCACCUUAUCCUCUUAUGCACUUUGAUUGUACCUAUGGGAGCCAUUGUGUUUUGGGAAAUGCGAACACUAUUUGAACUCCAUUUUGCAAUAUAGUACUGUGAAUGUGUAAAUUUUACAUGUACUCUAUUCCUCACUUUGAUCUAAUAUGUUACCAUCUCCAAGCACAACUUCACUGUUUGCAAUGUAGAAAUACUUGAAUAGAGGUACUAUGAGCUGCAUAAGGGAAUAGCUGUAAUUUUACUACAAGAUGCAGUUCAUACAAUAUUGGGCAUAUUAGACUUUCUGUACCAGUGCGCGUACUUCAUGUCAGAAAUAAAUAUGCUCAGUUCUACAUUUAGUUACAUAUUUUGGAAGUAAAGGGUGAAAAGCAGUGAGGAAAAAAAUGGCCGAAAUGCUCUAUAUUCAUGUUUGGUGUUAACAUUUCAGAUUAAACAUGUUGUGUAGCAUGUAAUUGUUGUCACAAAAUACUUGUAUUUUUGUAUUGUAAUGGGAUGUUUGGAUUUGGGACGAUUUAUAGUAAUUCCUGUAUUUUUAUCUAAUUUCAACACCGCUUAUCCCUGUCAGGGUCGCGGGGUGCUGGCUCUAACAUUAAAACCCCACUUGUCACAGUGAACAUUCACCCAGUGGGUCACUGUUUGCGACACUGGAGAAAAAAAAAGUGCAACUUCUGAAAUAAAUAAUACAAUAAUUGACAUGCUG